GCCAACCGCCAUAAAAACAAAAGAAGAAGAAGAAGAGGGCGGUAGUGAUAACGAGGGAGGAGCUAGCAGUUUGAGUUGGAACCAAAGAAGAAACACAGCUUGGCUGGGAAAGAAGGGAGACCUGCAAUUUAUUUAGUGUCAACAUGCAGACGCCCGUGCAGUCCAUCAUCCACAGUGGCUACUUCCACCCGACCCUCAGACACUGGCAGACCUGUGCCACGGAUUUAAGAGCGGAAAGUUUGAUAUACCCUAUUUUCAUCACAGACAGUGUUGAUGCUGUGGAGCCCAUUGGUAGCCUGCCUGGACAAGCCAGAUAUGGGGUAAACAAACUUGAAGGAAUGCUGCGGCCACUUGUUGAGAACGGCUUGAAAUGCGUGCUGAUCUUUGGGGUCCCUGCAAAAGUUGUCAAGGAUGACAGAGGGUCAGGGGCAGACACAGACGACACACCAGCCAUCACAGCGGUAAAGACGAUCAGAUCUUUGUUUCCAGACCUGCUGGUGGCAUGUGACGUCUGUUUGUGUCCGUACACGUCACAUGGUCACUGUGGUAUCCUCAAUGAAGAUGGUUCUCUUGACAAUGAUGCCAGCUGUUUGAGACUGGCAGAAGUGGCACUGUCCUACGCCAAAGCUGGUUGUCACAUAAUUGCUCCUUCUGAUAUGAUGGAUGGCAGAGUCGGUGCAAUAAAACAAGCUUUGCUGUCUAAUGGUUUGGGGAACAAGGUGUCAGUGUUGAGCUACAGCGCCAAGUUUGCCUCCUGUUAUUAUGGUCCUUUCAGAGAUGCUGCACAGUCCAAACCAGCUUUUGGGGACAGACGCUGCUAUCAACUCCCGCCUGGAGCGAGGGGGCUGGCACUUCGAGCUGUGGAGCGAGAUGUGAAAGAAGGAGCUGACAUGCUGAUGGUGAAACCAGGUCUGCCGUAUCUGGACAUUGUUAGAGAGGUCAAGGACAAGUUCCCAAUGCAUCCGCUUGCUGUGUACAAUGUGUCGGGGGAGUUUGCCAUGAUAUGGCAUGGAGCGCAAGCAGGAGCGUUCGAUUUGCGAGCUGCAGUGAUGGAGGCCAUGACUGCCUUCCGCAGGGCAGGUGCCGACAUCAUCAUUACCUACUACACCCCUCAGCUGCUCACCUGGCUCAAAGAGUGAAGAACGAGGCCUUCAGCGUGGACGAUCGGAGGAAGUCGUGAGCUUUAAAACCAACAAUCUGACAACACCAAAGCAAAGAAAACACUUCUCGGUAAACAUUUACUUAUAUUUACUGGUAGUUUGCAAACUGAGCCAUUAAACAAUGUGAGAUUAUUAUUUCAAGUUAGAAGACCUGGGGAUAGGUUGAUUGGCAACACUAAAUUGGCCCUAGUGUGUGAAUAUGAGUGUGAAUGUUGUCUGUCAAUCUGUGUUGGCCCUGUGAUGAGGUGGGGACUUGUCCAGGGUGUACCCCGCCUUCCGCCCGUUUGUAGCUGAGAUAGGUACCAGCGCCCCAAGCGACCCCAAAGGGAAUAAGCGGUAGGAAAUGGAUGGAUGGAGAAGUGUUCACCUAAGUCUGUGAGCACGAACUGAUGAAGCUUACUCGGAUGCGCGGUGAAAUGUCUUCCAAGACAAACCAAACAGUCCACUUGCGCUCGAUUGAAGGCCCUAAGAUGACUAUGACUUGGUUGAAUGAGAACAUUUAUAGACAUAUUAUGACAGGGGUGUCAAAGUCAAGGCCCGCGAAUGAAUUGUCUAUGGCCCCCGAGAUAUUUGAUUAGUAUUAGAACUGGCCCACAGGCCACAGCCCCCUGCUGCUGUUUUGCAGGCACCAAUACUCCGUCAGUGUUGGCGCGAAGAAUUUUCCAUCAAGUCAUAAAAAUGAGGUCCCACAGUACACUUUUGGGGUCCCACUUUUUUGUAAGCGUUUUGAAAGCAAAUGUUAAUUAUAUCCAUUAUCCCAGUGGUUCUCAACCUUUUAUUCAGUGAUGUACCCCCUGUGAACAUUUUUUUAAUUCAAGUACCCCCUAAUCAGAGCAAAGUAUUUUUGGUUGAAAAAAGGAGAUAAAGAAGUAAAAUACAUCACUAUGUCAUCAGUUUCUGAUUUAUUAAAUUGUAUAACAGUGCAAAAUAUUGCCCAUUUGUAGUGGUCUUUCUUGAACUAUUUGGAAAAAAAGAUAUAAAAAUAAUCAAAAACUUGUUGAAAAAAUAAACAAGUGAUUCAAUUAUAAAUAAAGAUUUCUAUACAUAGAAGUAAUCAUCAACUCAAAGUUCCCUCUUUGAGGAUUGUAAUAGAGAUCCAUCUGGAUUCGUGAACUUAAUUCUAAACAUUUCUUCAGAAAAAAAGAAAUCAUUAACAUCAAUAUUUAUGGAACAUGUCCACAAAAAAUUUUAUCUGUCAACACUGAAUAUUGCAUUGUUGCAUAUCUUUUCAUAUUUUGUUGAAGUAUUAUUCAAUAAAUAUAUUCAUAAAGAAUGUUUGAAUUGUUGCUAUUUUUAGAAUAUUUAGGAAAAAUCUCACGUACCCCUUAGCAUACCUUCAAGUACCCCCAGGGGUACGCGUAGCCCCAUUUGAGAACCACUGGUCUAUGGCCCCCGGGAUAAUAUUUGAUUAGUAUUAGAACCGGCCCGCAGGCCACAGCCACCUGCUGCUGUUUUGCAGGCACCAAUACUCCAUCAGUGUUGGCGCGAGGAAUUUUCCAAAUGGGGACCCCAUCAAGUCAUAAAAAUGGGGUCACACAGUACAUUUUUGGGGUCCCACUUUUUGGUAAGCAUUUUGAAAACAAAUGAUAAAUGUAUGCACUAUCCUGUUAUAUAUCUCACAUUCCAUAUUGUGUUUUGGAAAAGGGUUGGCAUAAACGUUACUUAAUGAAUUAGAAAAAAAAAUACAAAAGAAAACAAUUUAUAUUCAGUUCUAAACAUUCAUUCACUUUCUUCUUUCCUUCACGGAGCUAAACUUUACCGCCGCCGGUAUUGUUUUCUAUAUUUUUAUUGUAAUAUUUUCAGAGUGCGUUUCUUCUACUUUUGGCCAAAGUAAGGCUUUAUUUUAUAUUUCUAAUGCCAUGGUUUUAAUAGCGUGUGCAGAUUUUCCUCCAUGCGACCCCUGAACUGAAAUGAGUUUGACACCCCUGGUUUAGAAGUACGUUUCUACACCGAGAAUGCCAGGCAGUCGCUGUAUUGUUGUUUCUUGUAACAAUUUGUCAUUGGUAUAAUUAUUUUUUAUAAAUUACAUGAUGUAAUGAAAUGAACUUUUAUGACCUGAAUUAAACUUUUUAUUCAGAGCUCUAUUGCUGGAGAGGAUGUGAGUGAAUGCCAACGCAAUGGUCAAUAAAACACAUAAUAUACA